AUGUUUGCAUUGCUGGCCUACAUGUCAGCUGUCGAGGCAGAGGAGCAAGAGGCAAAGGAUCGUGUCAACGCCGGCGAAUCGUUCGAGUCAUGCAAGGAUCCAACAGAAAAGCCAGAGCCAGGUGCACCCACAAAGCAGCGAAGGCUUUCAGCUACCGGUGCCAUGGAUGUCGAUGCUGCAGUGCGAACGAUGCAGGAAAACAAACGAGACAGGCAGGACAAAAAGGCACAGAAGCAGCUGAAGAAAACCUUGAAGAAAAGGAAAGCCGGUGAUGAUGUGGAGGAGGCAGUGAAACAGGCCACAGACGUGGACAUGCAGGAUAUGGACAAUUAUAGUGCAGGUGCAGGAUCUUUGGCGGCCCCGGUUGGGGUGGUGACAGGCAAAGAUGGGCUCAAGACCCGCGGUGGCAGCGAAGCGACUGCCUUCACCACGCGGCUAAAGGCCACAGGUUCGGGCAGCGAGGAGCGAGAGAAGUGUGCCCUGGACGAUUUCCUUUCAGCCCUCGCGUUCGCAAGGACCAAUCUACCAUACACGGUUUCCGACAAGGAGUUCACAAGCACCAAGGAGUUCCUGGUGUCACUCUUCUUGGAAUUGUGCUGGACAACUUCGGUGGCAGUCAAUGGAAAAGCGUUCAAGGUCUAUUCGAAGUUCAGGCAGGAAUGCGAAAGACUGGUGUAUGCUUCACACCAAGAAAAAAUCAAUUUUGGAGAAAAGCAAUUCAAUCCAUUGGCGCUUGCCUCGAACCUGCUCGAGCUUUGCAAAGCACCCGUCAGGGGCUUACUUCCUGAACUGUUAGUUCUUGCGCUGACUUGGUCCACAAACCGUGUUGUGAUGCGCAUCUAA